CGAUUAUUUCUCUAUAAAUACCAUUAAUAUCUCUUUCUUACUCACAUACAGAAAGAUGGCGAUUAGCGAUGACGAAGUUGCUAUGGCGACAGUGGCACCAUUGGCACCAGUCACAUUUCAACGACCUGUUCGGAGUGACCUUGAAGAAUUCUUUCCUAAGCCCUACAUGGCUAGAGCUAUGGCUGCACCAGACACGGAGCAUCCAGAUGGCACACCAGAUCACAAAGCUGGUGGUAUGAGUGUCCUCCAGCAACAUGUCGCUUUCUUUGAUCAAAACGACGAUGGCAUUGUUUAUCCUUGGGAGACUUACACCGGGCUUCGAGAUAUUGGGUUGAAUGUACUCUUCGCUGCAAUCGUGGGAUUAGCUUUCAAUGUAGUAUUUAGUUACCCUACCCGCAGAGGUUCCCUUCCCAAUUUGCUGCUUCCAGUUUACAUAGAAAACGUACACAAAGGCAAGCAUCCAAGUGAUUCUGGAACAUAUGAUACUGAAGGAAGGUAUCUUCCUGUUAACUUCGAGAAUAUGUUUAGCAAAUAUGGAAAAACAUCCCCAGAUAAGCUAACAUUGAAAGAGCUAUGGAAUAUGACACAAGGAAAUCGUACUUCAUUCGACCUUCUGGGAUGGAUAUUAGAAAAGGUGGAAUGGGCGCUUGUAUACCUUAUAGCUAGAGACGACGAAGGUUACCUUUCAAAAGAAGCCAUGAGAGGUCUCUUUGAUGGUAGUCUCUUCGAGAAACUUGCCAAAGCGAAUAAAAAGACGGAUUAAAAGCUAUCAUGUCCUUGUGCCAAACUAAAUAAAAUUGUACUCGGCUACAAAACCGUUGGUAUCAUUAUAUGUAUGCAAUCUACCUAUGUGAAGUGGACAAUUCCGUAUCUAUUCCUUAUCUAUGUAAUUCACUAAUUACAAGACACUAGAUAUUUUAUUACAUAAGUAAA